UUUCGCAGUAGGUUAUUAUCGCCCACCCAAUAAAUUCAUCGAAAACUAAGAUGUCACAAGCUGCUGUCCAUAGAUUAUUGAGUGGAGUUCGUUGUUUGCGGAAAACCCCACAAAUGUUUGGUACAAAUCCACUGUUUGCAGCACAACAAAGAUGGCUGACGUUCAAUGUCCAAGAUGAGAAAGAUUUCAAAGACCGAGUACUUGAAAAUGAUAAACCUGUCCUAGUUGAUUUCACUGCAAGCUGGUGUGGUCCCUGUAAGAUCCUUGGCCCAAGGCUGGAAACCAUUGUAGCAGGAUACAAGGGUAGGGUUGAACUGGCCAAGGUCGACAUAGACGAACAUCAAGACUUAGCAAUAAAAUUUGGGAUUAGCUCUGUACCGACAGUGAUAGGUAUGGUUAAGGGAGAGAAGAAGUCACAAUUUGUAGGAGUUACAGAAGAUGACCUCAUUGAAGCUUUUAUAGAGAAGCUACUUCCACCUUCGUGAUAUGUGCAAUUGAUGUUGAAAUUGAAUUGAAAAUGAAAUCAGAAAAAUAUCCAUUAUUCCCUUUGUGGCCUUACAUGACUUUUCUUCAAACAUUAUCCUCACAAUAUAGAUCAUGGUCAACUAAAUACAUGUACACAUAAUUUUGCAUGUCGCCAAUGAUAGCACUUGUAGAUGAGAGAGAUUGUCAUAUUAGGGACUAAAUUAUGUGCACUAUUGUUUUAAUAAAUGGGCCUCAUGUAAAUUUCAAGGUCCAACUCUGUCAGCCUGUCUAAUGGCCACAAACUUUAGUCUUCCUUAUUUGACUUGAUUUUGACGGUCUCGUGACUUUAUUUUACUGAUUGAGAGAGACUAGAAAGUAUUUCCAAGGGAAUAUCUAGCCUAAUAAAAAGCAAAGUUUUUAAGCUUAUUUUAUUUCAUAUCAAUCUUAAAUGCAAUACUGAAUACAAUAUGUACAGUAUAUAUUACAAUUCAAUCAAUAUGUUAUGAAAUACAAGCCUAUGUCUAAGUGAUAUUUUUUGCAAUAGCCUAAAUGCCCUAUAGAAAUUAUAACCUCAUGAUGUCCACUAGUCAUACCUUUUUCUAGGUGAGCCUUUUCAGUCUUGCUAUCUUUAAAAAAUAAACACUGUUGCCAAUUAAAAAAUGUAGGGACCGUUAAAAUCAGUAUUAAUAUUGACACUUUAUUAAAAUGUCUACCGGUGAUAUUUUCCUGGGGUUUAAUGUACACCAAAAUUUGCCACCCUGCUUUGAACAAUACAGUAUUUUUUCCAUUUCAUAGCAUAAAAAUAAUGAUGACGUUAAAGUGUAAUUCGCCAAAUUAGUGUUCUAUAGAUUUGCUAUAUAUAUAUAUAUGUACUCGUAUCAUGAUAAUACUUACAUGUACUAUAGUGCCAA